AUGACACUGCAUAGAUUUGUGCUGGCAUCAACAGGGUGUUGUUCCCCAGGUCGCCAGCCCUCAACGAGAAUAACAAAUAUCAUUAGAGAAAUUCCUAUUUUUUCCCAAAGGUUCGAGCCCCCCCAAGGGGGCAUGGCAUGUACUCAUGCCAUCCAUGCCGAUCGGGUUAAGAUCCACUGUAAUAGUGGUUACCCUGCUAUGGUAAUACCUGAGUACAGUAGUAACGUGUCGGACUCUCAUCAGAGGGCCGACGGUUCGCGCCCCACCCAGGCGCGAAAAGUGGCAUUAUUGCCUGGACGUUACUGCUGUGGCUGGGCACCACGCCGUCUCGACUAUGUCUUGCCACUGGACCAAGCUAGGAAGGGACAAGAGAGUGAGGCUGACGAUUUGCGCAACUCUCCCUCACUUAAAUCCAAGUCAAGCGCAAGUCAUGACUUCAUCCAUUCAGCGAAACCAAAAAGUCCUGUGGCGAUGGGCGAGCGGCGAAGCAGCAGCAAACCGCGGUUGGCGGGGAUCCCACACAGCGGUCGAACAAGAAAGAAGAAACAAGUGAAGGUACUCAACCUUGGCACAAGGAACGUGCGAACUCUGCUGGACAACACCAAGGCAGACAGGCCUGAAAGGAGAACUGCACUAGUCGCCAAAACAAAGGCCAACUCACAGAGCAUGGUGGCGGGUAUACCUUCUUUUGGAGCAGACAUAGCACCACUGAAUGGCCAUCAGAUCCCACCUCGCCCGGAAACUAACGAAGUCCCAGAGGGUAUCAACGAUCGUCUGAUGUCACUUCAGUUCCCACUUGAAAACAAGAAAAGUGUGAUGCUGAUCAGUGCCUACGCUCCAACAAUGACCAACCCAAAGGACAUUAAAGACAACUUCUAUGAAGAACUAGACGCCCUCAUUGCAGCAGUCCCACAGUCAGAGAAGCUUUUCAUCCUCGGGGACUUCAGGGCCAGAUUGUUUACAACCCAUGACCUCACCCUCACCAACACACUGAUCCGGCUCCUCACUUGUAACAAGACAACUUGGAUCGACCCAAGCUCCAGGUAUUGGCAUCUAAUUGACUAUGUCAUCCCCAGGAAAAGGGACGUACAGGACGUGAGAGUGACAAGGGUCAUGUGUGGUGCUGACUGCUGGACUGAUCAUCGACUCAUAGUGUCCAAGUGCAAACUUUGCAUCCUGCCAAAGAGAAGACCUCAAAGCCAAAAGAGUGCAAAGAGACUCAACGUCUCCAAGCUGAAAAACAGCAACAUUGCACAGGAAUUUGCCAGGGACCUUGAUGACAGGCUGCCAUACACACCCCAGGAUGAACAGGACAGCAGCGAGGAACAGUGGACAGCAUUCAGAGAAGUGGUGUACUCCACAGCCCUUGAACACCUCGGACCAGCGACCCGCAAACACCAGGACUGGUUCAAUGAGAACGAUGGUGAGAUACAGGCACUCCUGUUGAAGAAAUACAGGGCUAUGCGGACAGUCAACACCAAGCGUUUCUAUGAUGCCUUGAAAACUGUGUAUGGCCCUCAGUCCGCCGAAUCCUCGCCCCUCCUCACUGCAGACGGGACGCAGCAGUUGACAGAGAAGAAGCAGAUCCUGGACAGGGAUCUCGACAAUCCCCCCACAGAAGAAGUAAGAAAGGCCGUCAACCAACUUUCCUGUGGCAAAGCACCAGGAUCAGACGCAAUUCCUGUAGAGGUAUACAAAGCAGGAGGACCAGCCCUGAUGCAGAAACUGACAGAACUCUUCCAGUCCAUGUGGAGUGAAGGAAAGGUCUCACAACAGCUGAAAGAUGCCACCAUGGUCCACAUCUACAAGAGGAAAGGCAACCGCCAGUCUCUUCUGUCCAUAACUGGGAAGAUCCUGGCUUGCGUCCUGCUCAACCGUCUCCUUCAGCAUCUUGAGCAGGGUCACCUUCCAGAAAGUCAGUGUAGCUUUCAGGCCGAACGUGGAACAGUCGAUCUGACGAAGGCCUUCGAUACAGUCAGCAGGGAUGGCUUAUAG